AUGAUCGUAUUACUGUUGAUGGUGUUAGAUGGACAAGAUUUUGGUGGUAUCAAGGCACUGGAUGGCCAACCAAUGAAAACUGAUGUGCUAGGAGAUGGGUCUUUAAUCCAUUACAUGCCAUGCUCAUGCAGUCUGGAAUGCAUUCUACCAUCAUUUACCUCAGAAAGUAGUAAACAACAAGCCAUGGAAUCCAAAAGUGAUCACAGGUCAUGGACCUGUAGCUCCACAGGACAGUUUAUGUAUCGUAUUGAACAUGGAGUAAAAUCACUACUAAUAGAUGAUGAUAAUUGUGACUGUAAAAAGCAGUCUCAGUAUGGGACAUGGAGACAGAAGGAUCCUAGAGGUAUGAAUGCAAGAGAGACGCGAAAUGGUUACAAAACAGAGGAAGCAGAUGAUGUAGAAUUGUCAAUAUUCACCAUCACAAGUCAGUCAGUCCCUCAGUGUAUUGAGUUACAAUUUUAUGGAAAGAAUCCCUUUAAGUCUUUGCAUGUUGAAGUUUACAUUAUAUUGUCCGCGUGUAUAUCCUUAAGCACGGGGGGGGGGGGGGGGGGGGGGGGGGGGGGGGGGGGGGGGGGGGGGGGGGGGGGGGGGGGGGGGGGGGGGGGGGGGGGGGGGGGGGGGGGGGGGGGGGGGGGGGGGGGGGGGGGGGGGGGGGGGGGGGGGGGGGGGGGGGGGGGGGGGGGGGGGGUGGGGGGGGGGGGGGGGGGGGGUGGGGGGGGGGGGGGGGGGGGGGGGGGGGGGGGGGGGGGGGGGGGGGGGGGGGGGGGGGGGGGGGGGGGGGGGGGGGGGGGGGGGGGGGGGGGGGGGGGGGGGGGGGGGGGGGGGGGGGGGGGGGGGGGGGGGGGGGGGGGGGGGGGGGGGGGUGGGGGGGGGGGGGGGGGGGGGGGGGGGGGGGGGGGGGGGGGGGGGGGGGGGGGGGGGGGGGGGGGCGGGGGGGGGGGGUGGGGGGGGGGGGGGGGGGGGGGGGGGGGGGGGGGGGGGGGGGGGGGGGGGGGGGGGGGGGGGGGGGGGGGGGGGGGGGGGGGGGGGGGGGGGGGGGGGGGGGGGGUGGGGGGGGGGGGGGGGGGGGGGGGGGGGGGGGGGGGGGGGGGGGGGGGGGGGGUGGGGGGGGGGGGGGGGGGGGGGGGGGGGGGGGGGGGGGGGGGGGGGGUGGGGGGGGGGGGGGGGGGGGGGGGGGGGGGGGGGGGGGGGGGGGGGGGGGGGGGGGGGGGGGGGGGGGGGGGGGGGGGGGGGGGGGGGGGGGGGGGAGGGGGGGGGGGGGGGGGGGGGGGGGGGGGGGGGGGGGGUGGGGGGGGGGGGGGGGGGGGGGGGGGGGGGUGGGGGGGGGGGGGGGGGGGGGGGGGGGGGGGGGGGGGGGGGGGGGGGUGGGUCUUUAAUCCAUUACCUGCCAUGCUCAGGAGUCUGCGAAUGCAUUCUAUCAUACAUUUACCUCAGAAAGUAAUAAACAAGAAGCGUGCGAGAAUUGAAGCGUGGAAUUCGCGAAUCCAAAGUAGAUCAAAAGGGUCUCGGGGCACCGGUGAGAGGCUCUCCCACAAGGCACAGUUUUUCAGGGUAUUAGUAUUUGAAAACCUCUGGCGGAGUAAGAGUUUGGUAAAUAUCAGGACUAAUAGUGUGAACUGA